AUGGCAAGAAAAGAACGUUCAUGGUAUUUUGAAUUUGAAUCUUCAUUUUUCGUAAAAUAUUUGCACUAUAUUAAAAUAUUUCUAUCUAUACAGGGUAUAAACGCACCGAUUAUUGGGAAUGUUGGAAUCACUAUAUCUUCUGACACUGGUGUUCAAUUUGGAAGAUUUCGUGACCCCCGUGAGCGCUUGCGCAACCGGGAUCAGAACAAAGUUGUUGUUCCUUCUGAUUUUGGUAGAAGUGCUGAUAAGCCUGUUCCUGCUACCAGAGGCGGUGAUAUUGCUAAUCUUUCCCUUUCUUUCGAGCAUCUCAGAGCCACCCUUCUUUCCGAAAAUAAAUUAUUUGAGGAUCCAGAAUUUCCUGCAGCUGAUAGCAGCCUAUUUUUCAGCCAAUUGCCUCCACGUAAAAUCGAAUGGAUGCGGCCCGGAGAUAUUGUGGAUGACCCUAUGUUUUUCUCAGAGGGUGUUAGCCGUUUUGAUGUGAGACAAGGAGAGUUAGGUGAUUGCUGGCUACUAGCUGCUAUUGCGUGUCUCUGUAUGCAUAAAGAACUCUUUGAUCAAGUCGUUCCUGAACAAACCUUUUCUAAGCAAUAUUGUGGGUUGUUCAGAUUUAAUUUCUGGUACUUUGGCGAAUGGAAAGAAAUUGUUGUGGACGACAGGCUUCCUUGCUACAGAGGCAAACUGCUUUAUAUGCACUCAACAGAAAAAAAGGAAUUUUGGUCGGCGCUUAUGGAAAAAGCGUAUGCAAAAUUAUGUGGCUCAUAUGAAGCGUUGAAAGGCGGAACAACAUCUGAGGCCCUCGAAGACUUUACCGGAGGUAUCGCAGAAAAUUUUGAACUCAGAGAUAAAUCUCCACCCAACUUGAUGGAUAUUAUGCUUAAAUCACAGGAACAUAGUUCUUUGAUGGGUUGCUCGAUUCAAGCCGAUCCAAAUGUCUUUGAGGCUCGUUUACCAAAUGGACUCAUCAUGGGACAUGCUUACUCAGUUACGAGUGUGAAGCUGGUAGGUUAUUUAUUCUAUAGAACAAGGCACAUCGAUAUUGCCCUCCCCGGAAAAACUGGAAAAAUUCCUUUAGUCAGAAUACGCAACCCUUGGGGAAACGAAGCCGAAUGGAAGGGCGCUUGGUCUGAUAAGUCCAAUGAAUGGUCACUUAUUUCGGAUGUACAACGCCAAGAAUUGGGCCUAGUCUUUGAGGAUGAUGGAGAAUUUUGGUAA